AUUCAAAAGUUAACUUUUGGACCAACCACUAUGAUACAGUUACUGUUCUGUUUCGAUGACACAACACAGAAGAAGAAUACUACUGUUUUGUGUUAUGUUAUACACAUUUUGAGUUAAAGUGGGUUGACUUGACUCACUUAACCACUUUCUUUCCAUGAAUUUAUCGCUGUCGCUGCACUCAAUUGGAAUUCUGUGUUUGUUUUCAAAACCACCCCAAAACGCGUUUCACAAUCUCCGAAUUUCACACACCGUAACAACCCAAUUCGCUUCAGGUAGGUAUGCGUCUCUGUCAUUCAACAUUUCGUAGACUUAUACUUAGACUCAAUAGUUGAAGAUCACUUGGGGUGGGAGAUUCACAAUUCCUGUGUGUAGCUCACACUUGAGCUUAAAGUUCAUUUCUUUUCUAUCAAAUUUUAUUUGGGUUGAAUUGGGUUCAUUCCAUUAUGUCUUGUGAUCCAAGCUUGCUCCUGUGCCUACCCGAUGAUUUGUUUGGCAUGGUGUCGCGGUUCCUCUUACCCAGAGACGUGUGCAAUCUCAGUCUCUGCUGCAAGAGUCUCCAUGCCGUUGCAUCUUCUGAAAAAGUGUGGCUCACUCAGUGUGACAAGGUGGGGGUGUUGCCCCUCGUGGACCUUGUUCAGUGGAGGGAGGGUGUGUCGUCUUACAAGGCUCUUUGUCGUUUCCUUUUGAGGGUUAAGCCGUUGCUUGGAAUAUGGGUUCAUCAGAACCCUGAGCUUGGUAACCUUGUCUAUGUCAUGCCUGGUUUUCUUUCGGUUGUCGGGUGCCGGAUAAUUCCUCAGGAGCUUGGUCAUUUGGGGAUUCAAGAUGGUCCUAUCCAAUGGUCAUCUGUGUUUGAAGUUAUUGGUGAUUUUAAUGGUUCAACCAUCUUUUUUCUCCAUGGAAGGGAAGAGGAGACAGACUACGUUCAUCCUGGUUCUGUCAAGUAUAUAGAUGAGUCUUGCAAUGUGUUGUUGCUUGAGAUUGAAGCCAGGGAACAAGACAAUGGUGGUAGUAGUAGUAGAAAUAGUAGUAGUGCUAUGUUGCAGACUGGGAGCUUGCAUGAUUCGGGUGCGAUGAUAUCAGGAAAGGCUUGUAGGUCAAGCAGUGAGAUCUCUAGGUUACAAAGAGAGGGUGGAAAUGCUGAGGCAACAGUUCCCUUCAGCAAGUUGUGUUUUAGUGACAGAAGAAAGUUGCUUGAGGUCACCUGCGGCCUAGUUCGACAAGAGGUUCCUGGUAUGGCUGCUGGACCAUUGUUUCCUGCGGUGAGAGAUGACUGUGACAACUUUCAGAAAGAUUUGGUGCUUUUGAAGGAAAGAAGAGCAAUCCUUUGUCAAAUAUGCAGCCAUGGUAGUGGCCGGAUUGACAAUGAAGAAAGUUCUCAAGGGGCAGAGAGUCCAUUGCAAUUAGAGCAGGAUGACAUAAAAAAGAGUUGUAACUGGUCCAAGGAUUUGUCUGAUCUUUUGAACAAGGAGAAUGGUCGCAUACAAUGCACAAAGAAGAAAAGUCUCGGUGGAUAUUUCUGGGGUGGCUUUAAGCAGAUGCUUAGAAAAUCUAGUUCAGUUAAUGAAAGUUAUGCAAUUUUCGACAAGUUUACUUCAAGACGUGAGAUGAAGCAUGCGCGGCUUGAAGAUUUUCUUAGAUCUAGUAAUGAAAUAGGGCUAACAUUAAAGGCGUCAACUGUAAAAUUCUCUUCUUAUCGCGCAUGGCCAAAUAUGCCUGAUAGUUGGUUUGCACUUUUCAAGAUGCCCUUGCAAGUUCCCUCAGCAGAUCAAAUUUAUGCGGGUUUGUGGGGAGGAACUUUUGGUUGGCCUCCUGGAAAACCUUCUCAAGACAAGCCAGGAAAGGCUCUGUUCAUUGUUCUGCUCUCUUAUGAGGAGUCCCAAGAACAAAAGCUUCUUAUUGCAACAAAAAUACUGGAAGGCACUCACUAUGUGUUGCAUCCUAAUGGUUCGGCAAUGUUUAUAGUGGAUAUCAAUGAUCCUUCGUCUGAUUCCUUUCCCUUUGACUCCAAUAGAGACACCUUGUCAGUGGAAAUCAAACAUGCUUUCACAGGAGAGGGUAUUUCAAAUGGUUAUGGCUUCAGAUACCCUGGAUCAAAGCCCGGUUCCCUCUUUGUAUUUGAAAAUGGUGUCCUUGCCUUUGUUUGGAAGGACACUAGGGUUGUCUUGACUUUGCAAAGACUCGACUUGCAACAACUUUUGAAGAAAGGAGAGAGAGUACCCUCUCUCCCUCCCAUCAGCAAUUUUUCUUAUUUGACCAAGUCCUACUCAAAUGUUUUUACAGGCUUUCCAAGUUCUUCCACUUCCUCUCCUUCACCAAGGUAAAGACAACCCAGUGUAUUUUUGAAUUUGGGACUGCAUGGAUUUUGUGUCCAACUUCCAGUAUUAUAACAGGUUAAGAAGAGCAUGAUAAACUUCUUGGCAGCUGUUUAUUGUUGCUGGAGUUGCAUUGCUUUUUGUUGUCACACAGAAUACACAUCUUGCUGCCGUUGGUGCUAUGUUACUGUCUUUUGAAGAUCAAGGAUCAAAGAUCAAAGAUUAAAGUAUUGUGAACUAUUUUUUGUCCUAAAGUAUUACCCUCUCUGCUUUAGUUGUAUACACAGUUGCUUGUUACACAAAAAGUAGGAACUAUUUGUGCAUGAAAGAUCCUGAUGAAGUUUUGAUCUACAUACAUAUUCUGAAACUUCAUAACAGAUGAUUUCAAACACUGUUAUUACUGCAUCCAGUAAAAUAUGAUUAAUAAUUCGAA